AUGACGCUUGACCGUUUUCAUUCCAGUGAUGUCCACAUCAACGAGAACCUCGACUUUUCCUCCCUCGUCUCCAACCCUGUCCUCCUCAAGGGUCUGACAGAGUCCGGCUACCAACGGCCCUCACCGAUCCAGCUCAAAACUAUCCCCAUGGGCCGAUUGGGUCUUGAUAUGAUUGCUCAGGCAAAGUCUGGAACGGGCAAGACUGUAGUCUUUAGCGUCAUUGCCAUUGAGUCUGUCCUCUCUCAACUCCCCAAGGAUCUUCUCGCCAACAAUAUCAGCAGCAGCAGCAGUGGUUCUGGAUCCAAAAGUCAGCAGCAGCAGCAAUGUCCUAGAGCAGUGAUUAUUGCGCCAACGCGGGAGAUUGCGGUCCAGAUCCAGGAUGUCAUUGUCAACAUUCUUCAGGGAGGACUCAACAAGUUAAUCACCUGUGUCGCCAUGAUUGGAGGAAUGCCUAUCCAGAAGGACAAGGAGAAUUUGAAGCGGUGCUCGAUCGUUGUGGGGACACCGGGGCGAGUGCUUUCGUUGGUCGAGACUGGACAUCUGGACACCAGCCAUGUACGGUUGUUUGUGAUGGACGAGGCUGACAAACUCAUGGAGGAUCUCUACAGAGACGAUGUUUUCAAGAUCUGUAAGGGAUUGGGAUCCAAGAAGCAAGUUAUGGCGUUCUCGGCAACCUAUGACGAUGAUCUGUUGGCGCAUCUGGACAGGCUGGUCAAGAACCCUGUCUAUGUGAUGCUUACUAACGGGACUCCCGAGCUUGAAGGUGUGCUGCAGUUCUACAAGACUGUGAAACUUAGUCAAGAGCAACAGGCGAGCUCAGUCUUUAUGCGCCAAACACAUCUCAUGGAGGCGAAGUUUGCAGAGCUCGAGGGGAUCUUUACCCACACACCUUUCUAUCAGGCGAUCGUGUUUCUGAACCAUACAAGGCGGGCUACAGAUCUGGUCAAGUUUCUGGCGCGAAGAGGCUGGCCAGCUAUGCAUAUCGCCUCGGGAAUCUCGCAAGUCGAACGUUUGGCUGUCAUGGAGAAGGCGCGCAAAUUUGAGAUUCGCGUGCUUGUCUGUAGUGAUCUGAUUGCGCGUGGAAUCGACAUUGACAGGGUCAACCUGGUUGUAAACAUGGACCUGCCAAGAGACCCAGAAACCUACUUGCACCGUAUUGGAAGGACAGGACGGUAUGGAACCACAGGACUCGCAGUCAGCAUCGUCGACGAUACAGAGGUCAAAACGAUCGAGAUUCUCAAGAACGAUUUCUCGAUAUCGUUACACGAGCUUUCGGCGGACGACAAGACUUAUAGCGAUCUUGGUCAGCAGAGCAAGAAUGGACAUCAUACGCGACCGCUGCAGAUUGUUGCUGAUCAGGAGCAAUUCAAGCUUUUGGAGGCCGCGAGGAAGGACAAGGAGAGGGAGAUACGGGAUGCGGGAGGAAAGGGGGCUUUGGAUGAUGUUGAGUCUAGUCAUGUAGCUGAGUUUCAACAGGAGAGUCUGAAGAAGAAGAGAGCCUUGGAUGCAGCUGAAAGCAAGGAGCAGAUAGCUACAAAGCGCAAGGAGUCUCCUACACGCAAGAAGCGUAAACUGGACAGGAGGAUGCCCUUGCCCCUGCCCUCACCUGUGGCCUCUGAGCAGCCAGCCUCCGUAGCUGAACCUCCGCACAAAGAGACUUGGUCUCCAGAAGGCGAUAUUCAGCAUGUCGUCAACGGCGUGGAUGCGGUUCGUACAGAGGAAGCUGCCGAAGAGACCACCGAGUCGCAUGAUCAUUAUGCUGGCCAUAAUGCGUGGUACCCUCCUGCACCGGACACGACCGCUUUCCCAUACCUCAAUCCAUACAUCCCUUACGCACCUCCAGCAUACUAUCGUCAGUCCCCGUCUGCAUAUUCUCACCAUGUACCAUAUUCACACUACUAUCCCUAUCCUCAGAGCUACCCUCCGUCCACACCAUUCUUCCCACCAGACUUGCCACUCUUUCCCAACGGACCUUCAUUUUCUAGUCUCUUCCGAUAA